AAACGCAUACACACACAUUUCCGGCCCGAUAAGCUGCAGAAGGCCUUUUCAUAACUGUAUGUAACCCUAUAUAUGAAUCCAAGGACUGGAGGAGAGGUCGAAGAAGAGUCUAAUCUCACGAUAUGGGAAGGAGUCCCCACCAUGAGUCGACGGCUGUUACCCCUUUGCCGAAUCCAAGGGAAUAAAAAGCCUCAGCUGAUCUUCGGAGCUGCUUAGUAGCUUCGGUUUCGUCAAGUAGUUUACAGGAUCAUUUGAUUUCUGAAAGUACAGGGCUACGCUUUGUUUAUUAAUAAAUUUAUUUUAAUUUAUUUUGUUUGUCAAUUACUAUAUAAUUUUGGAAAGUUCAAAAUGAAGCCGGUCGCCGGAUUGUUUCUGUUCACUUUCGUAAUCGCGGCCAAUUCGAUAUCCAUGUACCAGACAUUGGGCGAGGAAUGGAAGACAUUUAAGCUGACGUACAACAAAAACUACAGUACGACUCUGGAAGACAAGGUGCGUUUCGCGAUUUUCCUCGACAAUCGGCACAAGAUCGCGAAGCACAAUCGGGACUUCGAGAUGGGAUUGGUCUCCUUUUCUCUGGCACUCAACCAAUUCGGCGACAUGACGCUUCACGAGUUUGCCAGUAAAAUGAACGGCUUCAAUCGAACUGCUCGAGUGGAUCAAGCGAUGUACAACGCGGAAGAAAAAUCGGAUGAGGGUGCGAGCUACGUCGAGCCGGCGAACGUCGAACUCCCGGACGAAGUCGACUGGAGGAAGCAGGGUGCUGUCACGCCGGUCAAAAAUCAGGGCAAUUGUGGAUCCUGCUGGGCUUUCUCUGCUACUGGAUCUCUAGAAGGCCAGCACUUCCGCCACAACGGCAGCCUCAUCUCCUUGAGCGAGCAGAACCUGGUGGACUGUUCAGGUAGAUUCGGCAACGACGGCUGCGACGGCGGCCUCAUGAACAACGCCUUCACCUACGUCAAGGUCAACAGGGGCCUCGACUCGGAGAAAAGCUACCCCUACGAGGCGGAGGACGAUCGUUGCCGAUACAAUCCGAAAAACAGCGCUGCCGACGAUGCCGGUUACGUCAACAUACCCACAGGCAGCGAGAGUAAACUUCAGGCGGCUGUGGCCACUGUGGGUCCGAUUUCGGUUGCCAUCGAUGCCGAUAGCGAUAGCUUCAUGUUUUACCAUAGCGGUGUCUACUACGAACCGGACUGCUCACGAACCGACCUUGAUCACGGUGUCCUGGCGAUCGGUUACGGAACCGACAGCAAGACCGGCAAGCAGUUCUGGCUCGUAAAGAACAGCUGGGGCGAGGACUGGGGCGAGAAGGGCUACAUUCGCAUGUCCCGCAAUCGGCACAACAACUGCGGAAUCGCAACUGCUGCCAGCUAUCCUCUUGUUAAAUAAUGAAUCGACGCAACUUUGCCAGUUCUAUUUUUCAUAUUCAUGUAUACCUACCUAUUAUAACGUAUAGCUUAUAUAAUAAUUUUUUUUUAUGUGAUACUCUUUGAGUUUAAGCUUUUUACUUUUUGAAAAUAUACGUAAUACAAUUUA